CGUAUUGAAGGCCGGUCGAGAGGCUUGCAGUUACCAACAGGUUCUGUUAGCGACCGCAGGUCUGGUUUUUGUGUUCGCGAGCGUAAGACAUGUUAGGAGCACUUUUGCGCAGCGGAACAACGGUACACAGUGUGGUUUGCGGCAAACUUGUCCCCCAAGCGGCCAGAAGCAUGGCGACCUACCUGGUGGAGGACAGCAAGUACGCGUUCCUGAAGGAUCUCGGGCUCGGACGGGUCAAUCACGGUGUGUACAAUGGCCAGUGGACUGCCGGCAAGGGGAAGUCGGUGCAGUCGAUCGACCCUGCGUCCGGUCGUGUGAUCGCGGAGAUUACCACCGGCACGGAGCAGGACGUCGACCAGUGCCUUACGGCUGGUGUGGCCGCGUACCAGGAAUGGAAGAAACUGCCCGCCCCGUUCCGGGGCGAAAUCGUGCGUCAAAUCGGUGACGAACUGCGCAAGUACCGCGAGCCGCUCGGCAAGCUGGUCUCGCUGGAGAUGGGCAAGAUACUGCCCGAGGGCAUCGGCGAGGUGCAGGAGUUUGUUGACAUCUGUGACUACGCCGUGGGACUGUCACGCAUGUUCGCCGGACUCAUUCUGCCCUCGGAACGGCCGCAGCACACCAUCCUGGAGAAGUGGAACCCACUCGGGGUGGUCGGUGUGAUCUCGGCGUUUAACUUCCCGUGCGCCGUGUUCGGCUGGAAUGCAGCGAUUGCGCUGACGGUCGGCAAUUCGGUGCUAUGGAAGGGCGCACCCAGUACGCCGCUGGUCAGCGUAGCGACCACCAAGAUUGUCGCGGACGUUAUCAAGCGUAACAAUUUGCCACCCGUGGUGACGCUCUGCCAGGGCGACGUGGACGUCGGCAAGCGGAUGGUGAGCGACGAGCGCGUCAAGUUGUUAUCGUUCACUGGCAGCUCCGCCGUCGGUCGAACGGUCGGGGUUGAGAUGCAGCGUCGCUUCGGCAAGUGUCUGCUUGAGCUCGGCGGCAACAACGCGCUUAUCAUCAACGAUGACGCACCGCCAGAGAUGGCGCUCGAUGCGGCCUUUUUCGGCUGCAUCGGAACGGCUGGACAGCGCUGCACCAGCACGCGGCGGUUGAUCAUUCACGAGUCCCUGUACGAUAGCUUCCUGCAGAAGCUGGUCAAACGGUACAGUUCGUUGCUGCAACGCGUUGGACAUCCGCUGGAAGCCGCCACCCUGUACGGGCCGCUGCAUAAUCAGCAGGCGGUGGAGAACUACAAGCAAACGGUGCAGGAAGCGGUGGCCCUAGGCGGCAAGGUGGAAUGCGGUGGCAAGGUCAUGGAACGGCCCGGGUUCUUCGUCGAGCCGACCAUUAUCUCCAACCUACCCCACGACGCCCCGGUGGUGAAGCGGGAAACAUUUGCCCCGAUUGUGUACAUCUUCAAGGCGAAGAACUUGCAGGAAGCGAUCGAAUGGAACAACGAGGUCGAUCAGGGACUUUCCUCCUCACUUUUCACCAAGAACAUUCAGUCCGCAUUCCAGUGGAUCGGCGAGAGUGGCUCUGACUGUGGCAUAGUCAACAUCAAUACCUCACCUUCCGGAGCCGAAAUUGGAGGUGCGUUUGGAGGGGAAAAGCACACCGGUGGUGGCCGCGAAUCUGGAUCGGACGCCUGGAAGCAGUACGCACGCCGUUCCACGAUCACCGUCAACCACUCGUCAGACCUACCGCUAGCGCAAGGAAUUGUAUUUGAAUAAACAUUCUGUAAAACAA